GAUCAUGCGUUAAACAUCAUAUCCUAAACAGAGGGAAAAAGAAAAAAGAUCUUCAGAAUGGCAACAAUUGCUGGUAUUAGUCUCACUACUCCAAGAGUCUUGGCAAAGGCAUCCAACUCUUCCAAAGUUGAGCCCUUUAAGUUUCCAUGCCUAAACAAUCCAUGGAAGAAAUCAGCUCAAUUUGGGUCUAGUAAGAUGUACCUCAAGCCAGUGUCAGCAGGACCAGAUAAGCUUUCUGACCUUGUGGCUGACAGUGUCAAGGGAGCCGAGGAAGCAUGCUCAGAGAAUCCGGCUAGCGGAGAAUGCGCGGCGGCUUGGGAUGUAGUGGAAGAGACAAGUGCAGCAGCUAGCCAUGCAAGGGACAAGCAGAAGCAGAACUCUGACCCUUUGGAAGGUUACUGCAAGGAAAAUCCUGAGACUGAUGAGUGUCGUGUAUAUGACAAUUGAUAAUACUUGUUGUUUGUGUUUCCAAGCAAACUUCUGCUUCUUAACUAGUACAUACUUUUAUUUUAUGCCAUGUCUUUUAGUCCUUUAAUUUAAACCUUGGAUGCUCUAAUAUAGGCUACUCAUAUCAUAUGUAUGACCAAACAAUUCUUCCUAUUUAGCUUAGUAUAAUACGAUAUAAACCUAUUGAAUGUUGUGUUUAA